AAAAGAAAGAAAAAGGAUAACCUGGCAGAAAGACUUUAGCUCUACAUCUCGCAGUCCUUUGAACUGCAAUAUUUGUCUUUCCAUUUGUGUUGCAAAAACAACACAAAGGUUGUUUGCAUUGACACACGCUCACACGCACGCACAGACACAAAUGCAGGGUAUUAAAGCCUGUCUGGUCGCUAGGAUCCACAUCCACAUCAGCAGAUCACAGGAGCUCAGGUCUGUCAACAUGAAGCUGAUACUCUCCAUGUUCGUUGCGGCCGUCUUGCUCUCUGAUGUCGAAGCAGGCCGCUCGCUGGUGUUUCCUGAGGAGACCGCCAACAGCUUCGUAGAGCUGUUUCCCGCCAAGGAGCUCAGCCUGAACGCCUUCACGCUCUGCCUGAGGUUCGCCACGGAGCUCAAAGGGAAGCGUGAGGUCAUCCUCUUCGCCUACCGCACGCGGGACUUCGACGAACUCAACGUGUGGCGCGAGAAGGAUGGCAGGCUGUCCCUCUACCUGAGCGGACCGGGGGCUCUCUUUGAGGUUCCGGAGCUUGGACCGCUGGCGAACCACGUCUGUUUGACCUGGGAGUCGCUGACGGGGCGAACCACGAUGUACGUCAACGGCCGGAGUUCUGCGAGCCAGAUCUUCCAGAGGGGCCACAGGGUGCGGCCGGGGGGAAAGAUUAUCCUGGGCCAGGACCCCGACAACUUCCUUGGAGACUUCCAGGCCGAGCAGAGUUUUGUGGGAGAGAUCUUCGGGGUGAACAUGUGGGACUACGUUCUGCCUUCAGUCGCAAUUCAGCUGCUGUCCACUGGGGAAGAUUUCUCUGAUGCCAACGUCCUUGACUGGGCCACGGUGACUCUUAUGCCCACUGGGAGCGCUGUUGAGUACAAGUAAAGCUCCCUAGAUACAAGCCCCAGCCCUCAAACACUAGACUAAUAAAGCCACCGUGCAUCAUGA